AUGCUAAAAUGGCUGGCCCAGAGAGGCGCUUCCAGUGCACGCGACGAUGAAAAACUCUGCUCAAGUUGUUCGCCAACGUCGCUCGCCCAAUAUCUCAGAGACUGGGCCGAUACAUGUCAAGAAGAUGAUAACGCUGUGUUACAUACCUGGGACUACUCGGCGAACCCCUCUGGCUGCGAAUUUUGCUCAUUCAUGAAGAGUGAGGUGGAUCGAAUUGAUGCCUACAAAGAGCAGAUUCGUAAUAUAAAGUCGUUCGUCAGCGGCUAUCAGACACUCAAAGAUGUCAUACAACAGGCAGCGUUCGACGAAGAGCUGCAACACGGCAACCCUACCGUCCCUGAAGAUGUUGACAAUGAGUCGGAGGAACCUCAUCAUGACAAAGGCCGGUGUCUAGUGUGCAGUAACAAAAAGCUGCCAGAUGCCAACCCUCAUAACGCGCUUUUGCUUUGCUAUGAGUUCUUAUAUGAUUUGAAUAGCACGAGGGACGGUCAUCCAAGAGCGGCGUGCGAAGGUCUCAAGAAGAAGCUGCCCUAUUGUAAUCAAAUCCUUGGCCACAUGGAGACUUUCCUCCGCAGCCACCCAGAGUCCGAUUCAUGCCCGGUCUGUGUCUCAGUCUCCGAUUCGACAGACCCUGGCGGAUUACUGGAUCGUUUCGAGCACCUUGGGCUCCAAGGGAAAAGAGAAUUAGUGAAAAAUCACAAUCUACCAAACGCCGGGAUGCGGCUAUCUCUCAACGCUAUUCAACAAGUUCGAGUCCAGCUGAGUAACGAGGGGCCCUGGAAGGGUCUAAUCUUCCAAGAGUACGAGAUGGACCCGAAAUCUCCCAGCAACGUACCGUACUUCUCAUCAUCAGGUGAGCUUGUGAGGAGAACUCCAAAGGUGCUCAGACCAGCCUAUCGGCAGCCAGAGAAAGAUGUGAAUCUCUUCAUCCCAGUGCAUGACCACAAGUUCGGCUUUGCCCGCCAAACCGCCUCCAAAUUCAAUGUCGAGCUGAUGAAAAGCUGGAUCACAAAGUGUCGAUAUAAUCAUGGCGAGGCUUGCCAGAAACAAUCUUCGUCAAAGCAGACGACAAGUCUUUUAUUAAUUGAUACGGAAAGAUACUGCAUCACUCCGAUCCCAGAUGGCCCUCCGCCUCUGUACUAUGCCCUGAGCUACGUAUGGGGAAAUGUUGCGCAGCCGACUCUACUGGCCCAAAACGUCAAGGCCUGGCAGACAGAGGGUAUGCUGCUCGAAGUUGAGAUACCACAGAAGAUCAGGGACGCCAUCACUUUGACAAGAGAAGCCGAAGUCAGGUAUAUCUGGGUCAAUGCGUUAUGUAUCGUCCAGGACGACGCUGAGCUACGAGAUGAGCAGAUCAAUCAAAUGUAUCUGAUCUAUCACCAAGCGGAAGCUACUUUAGUUGCGGCGGAUGGCGCUGACUGCUCUCAAGGCCUCUCCGGUGUGAGUCAAUUUGAUGAUAGGGGCGAUAUGCAUGCGGUUGAUAUCCUGGGUACAUCUGUCGCUAAACUGCCGAAGCAGCCCAAGUACAUACUCGAAGCGUCGACAUGGAGAACCAGAGGCUGGACAUUCCAGGAAGAAAUGUGCUCUCUGCGUUCUGUGAUAUUUCUCCCGGGUUUGGUGGUCUUCUCCUGCCCCACUGCUGUUUGGAGAGAGGACAUCCAUCUUGAGGAUUUCGACAUCCCUAGACUAUCAUGCGGGCUCAACUCUCCCCCUCGGACCAUGGGAAACGCCAAUGCUUCUGCGCACGAGAAAGUGAGGAUGUUCAGAAGCAUUGUCAAACAGUAUACGCAGAGAACACUGACUCGUGCCGAAGACAUGGAGAAUGCGUUUGCAGGCAUCUCAGGCAUGGUGGAGGAUCUUGUUGGGCCAAUCUAUCACGGCAUCCCUGAACAUCACUUUGCGCAAGUUGUCGGAGGGUGUUGGUUCUGGGACAUGUAUUGUGCACGGAGACCAGGCUUUCCCUCCUGGUCGUGGACGGGAUGGAUUUACACCAGAGAGCAAGCAGACGCCGGGAUCGAGCCCAUAGCAUCCUUGGAAAGCCCCGAAGGCCUGAUACAAUUCUUCAAGUUUCGCAGCGAUGCAAUAGAACCAAUGUCUUUGCCAACAAGCGAGGAGACGGAUCCCAAGAGCUGGCUACACCCCGACUUACGAUCCCACUUCAAUGUCGAAUUGAACAAGAUGCAGUCCAGACACGAGCAGAUGGCCGCGGCACCUCGAGGGAUUCCCCCAGGUCUCAUCGCAUUCUACAGCAGCCUCGCCUUCCUAUCCCUCCAAGCACCGCGCGGGCUAUCAUCCACGCCCAUCCGCGAGUUCCGCGUCCUACACCCUCAGAGCAAGCGUCAGAUGACCAGCAUAUCUCUCCCCGAGAAUUUUGUUGAGCUGCAUGGCGCCCUCCACCCGUUCGUUAUCAUCGCGGCCUGCCAGGCGAAUGGGAGGGAUGCGGGAGGGAUGAGGUUGAUGCUGGUCGAGAUGGACGGCGACAUGUGCCACAAGGUCAACGUAACGUCGCCGCGAAAGGUGAUUCGCGAGGAAGAUUGGCUAGGCCUGAAUCCGACGAAAAAGCUUGUGAUAAUGGCCUAG